CGAAACCGUCACACGUGUGUGUGCGCGCGUGUGUGCUUUUAGUCGUGGACGCGCCUCGCGGUCUUUAAAUCAUUCAGUGGAGCAGCACGCGCGGAGCAGCAGCUUUGAUCAGACACUCCUAUCUGAGCAUGUUGACCUGAGUUAUCAUGAGCGACCCAAGCAACAGCAGCUUGACUCUAGACUACUUCCUAGCCAGCGACGACCUGGACUAUGAGAUUCCUCUGGACGAGAUCCCGGACACCACGCAGGGCCAGGCCUUCUUCGUUGCCACCAUUGUCAUUGCCGUGGUCCUGGUGGGCAUUAUGUUGGUCUGUGGAGUGGGAAACUGUCUGUUCAUCGCCAGCCUUGCCCGCUACAAGCAGCUCCGCAACCUGACCAACCUGCUGAUCGCAAACCUGGCUGUGUCGGACGUGCUGGUUGCGGUGGUGUGCUGCCCCUUCCUGCUGGAUUACUAUGUAGUGAAGCAGUUGUCGUGGGACCACGGCCUGCUGCUCUGUGCCUCCACCAACUACCUGCGCACUGUCUCUCUCUACGUGUCCACCAAUGCACUGCUGGCCAUCGCUGUGGACAGGUACAUGGCUAUCCUCUAUCCUCUGAGGCCUCGUAUGAAGCACCAGACGGCCUACUGUGUGAUCCUGACAGUUUGGAUUGUCCCCAUCUUCAUCUCUAUCCCCUCUGCCUACAUGGCCUCUGAGACGACAUACCCACAUGUGGAAGGUCGCACCUAUAAGACCUUCUGUGCUCAGAUCUGGCCUGUGGACCAGCAGGUUUACUACCGCUCCUACUUCCUCCUCAUCUUCGCUCUGGAGUUCAUUGGCCCAGUGACCGUGAUGGCUGUCUGCUACAUCCAGAUCUCCAGGGAGCUGUGGUUUAAGGAUGUUCCGGGUUUCCAGACGGAGCAGAUCCGAAAGAGGCUCCAGAAGCGACGGAGGACAGUAGUGGUGCUGGUUCUAGUGCUGGUUGCCUACGUGUUGUGCUGGGCGCCAUACUACGGCUUUGCCCUGCUGCGGGACUUUUACCCCACCCUCAUAUCCCGCGACAGGAACUCCCUGGUGGCUUUCUACAUCAUUGAGUGCAUCGCCAUGAGUAAUGGGGUCAUCAACACGCUCUGCUUUAUGAGCGUCCGAAACAAUAACAAGCGCCUGAAGAAGGCGGGCAAGUUUCCACUGAGGCUGGUGACUUUUGUAGCUGCCAAAUCAGUGGAUGAGGGGGAGGCACGGACCUCCUCUCUCCGAAUAACGGACAUGGAGGGAGUUAGGAGGUAACACACCUGCUACUUUGGUUCAUGUAUGUGCAGCAGCAUAAAGUGUUAAAGGACUUAAUGAAGUGUAAUAAAAAUCAGAGUAUGUGGGAGUUACUAGACGUCUGUAAAACUGUGACAGGACACCUCAAACUGCAAACAAGGUCUUUAAAGACUUUCUAUUCUGAAUAUUUGAUCCAUGAAUGUUUUUGUAUUUGUGAAACUCUCCUUGAACUGAGAGAAACUAUUUAAAAAUCCAUGACAACAUCACAAUAUAAAGUCAAUAGGCCGAGUGGGAGAAACACAACUGCACAUAUUGAGUGGGCUGCAUAGCCAGAAAGUAAAUCCAGAAGCUAAAAACAAAGAAUUCUUAUUGGACUGAAUAGGUGCCAUCUUUGGGUUCGGUAUCCGGUUCUAUAGUUUAAACCUGUAAAUAAAUAACAUCUCUCCAAACCUACAGCUGAAGGCAACUGUAAUGAUCAAAAUAAAUCAUAUAUGAUCACAACAAUGCCGUUUCAAUUCAAACACCACUCACUCUUCCUAAAAAGAAAACUGGAAAAGAGGAUUGAUGAUCAUCUGCAAUCCAACAUCCACAUAAACAACAGUUAUAACAGGAGUCUGUUCUGUGUAGACGUUUGGUGUCAUUUGCAUGCAUGAGCAGCUGUGGUCAACAAAUACUGGAAAAAUUAUUUAUAUUAAUUUACAGAUAAAUGCAGACAGAUUCACUGAUGUUCCUGCUUUACAUGUGUUGAUUUUUGAUGCACGCGUUUAAUGUUUGGAAAGUGAUAAAUCAAAAUGGUUUAAUUACAAUUUAAUCAUUACUCCCGCAUUAAUGAAUAUUUACUGAAAGUACUUAAUUUGCUGUUGAUUAGUCACUAAAAUAGCAGCCGUGUGAAACAGACAUGUUUCUCAGCACAAGUUUAAGACACAUUUUCCACCAAAAUACCGGUGGUACCAUCUGCAUGGAGCAAAAUGUUCAGUACAGAAGAAUAAAGUCAUGAUAUGUUCCCAGUGCUUGACAGACAUCGAACGUUUUCUUCAGUUUGUGGUUGAAGGUUUGUUUUGUUGUAUUUCUGCAUGUCAGAACUGACGGUCGCAUGUAAAUAGGACACAUUAUCAUUUUAAUUAGUCGUCAUGUUAAUAGGUUUUUGUGAACUUUUAAAAGAGAAGAGCACGCAAGAACAGGAAGUUUAA